AUGAUAAGGUGUAAAGAAUUUUUAAAAGAUGAUGUUAAUUUUCUGAAAAUAUUUUAUAUUUUGGUUGCACUUUAUUGCCAACUAUGCGGGCGUUCGACUACGGGCUAUUACUUGGAUUAUGGUCAAAUAGGAGAACAGCAACUUUCUAGUCUCUGGCCGGAGUUGAACGUUCCUAAUGCAUACACUGGGCAAUUUUACCAAACACAUAUUGCAUCGACAAAUCUAACAGAUUAUCAUAUACGAUUCUUGGUAAGAAUGAUGUAUUGUAUAGUUAUAUAAUUCAUAUAUUGUUAUAUUAUAAAAUGCAGAACAAGUCAAUACUGAUAUACUGAUAAAAUUUAAUUGUAUAUAAAUAUGCUAUCGUAACUGCUCUAUAAUAUAACCUUUUCGUACUUAACAUAAGCUAUUCUAUCCUCUUAGGAACGUUUAGCUUUAUUCCUCAUGAUAUUUGACUGAAGUUUUAUCGAGGUGUUUUAGAUAAAAUACUCGCAUCAACAAGGCAAUUUUAAAUAAACAGAAUAGUUUAAGUCCAACCCUUUUAGUUGGAAAAUAAUUUUCUUUGCCUUUGGGGAAAUUAUAUUAUAUAUCUUUAAUCAAAAAGCUUCAGCAAUAAACAUGCAAUUUCAACUUGCAUUUUACGCUAAAAUGCGGACGCUGUAAGCAUUGUUUACACGCUAAAUAAACUAAAGCAAAAAAAUUUGUUUAAACCAUAAAAAAGUUUUUUUGCUGAAAGACCAUUCCAAGUACUGUAUAUGAAUUGGAACUUUUUCGUUAUGACAAGAAAAUAAUCUCUUGUUUUCGCUUUUCUUUGUGUUUCAAAGCAAAAAAUAACUAAGUUAGUCUGUGUUGUAAAUCGCUUAGUAAGACUUUCAAACCUACCGGUACCUGCUGGAAAAAUUAAGUUUAUUAACAUGAUUUGCUAACGAGAGGUUUGUUUGUAUAAUAUAUGCACCGUGGUAUACAAGUCUUUGUGUAGCUUUUGAUUUCUCAAUAUUCGACCAAAUUUAAAAUUUAUUGCACUAUAGGUAUCCGAAGUUGGUUCCGAAGAUUUACCAGUAUGGCUAACGUACGAGAAUCAAAACUACUCCUUAACAGGCAUACCACUUGCCUCGGAUGUUGGUCUGCACCAGUUAUUCGUUCUGGCAAUGCAAUGCAAUGAAACGACAACAAUUGGUGACCUACUUGGUGCACAGACCUUUGAAAUUAACGUUGUGUCUAGCGAGAACCGCUCUUACUGUGGCGAAGGCCUCAAUUUUGUCGUGACUGAAGUGUCGUUAGCUGUCAACGGAACACGCUUAAACUCGACACAACGGAUCGAGCUCUACUACUGGUUCGUAACAGAAUUUGAUCUUUCCGAUCGAACUAGCUUUGUAUAUUUUAAACAUGAAUUGGAACACGAGAAGAGGAAUGCUACUGGAUGCGAAGUACUGGAAACGUAUGAGGCAAAUACAAGUUAUAGCGGUCCAGUUUUGACAAUAUCCUGGUUGGUAGGAUGUGAUUUGACUAAUGUGUCAGAUGGGAUUUCUCAAAAUCUCGGUGAAGUUAUCCUCGGCUAUCCUGUGGCUGCUUGGAGAAUUUUGAAUGGGAAUGAUAGCACGGGGUGCUUCCCUGGUGUCCACAUAAGUACUAGCGUAUCAUCUAUCAACCUGGAUAUACGCAAAAGUACUGCCGUAUCCUCAGUUCACCGUAGCACGCUGGUACAGGGUAGUUCAUCGUUCGUACCAGCAACGGUCGAACAACUACAGCCUUCACCUAUCAAUAACUCUACCGUAAUGCUUGCCAAACCAACGUCUUUAAUGACACCGAGCCAUUCAACACAACAAGCAAACAAUUCGUCGUUUGUAUUCUGGGAAAAAUCCACUACAAUAAAUUUUAUGUCUCAUCCGAGCAAUAUAUUUAAUAGAACUUUAACUGCAAGUCUGUUCGAAGCAAAAUCCGAUAUCACCAACAUACAUAAUAUGACGGUUGCAAGGACUAAUUCUCUUCACAUGGCAUUAGUGACUUCAACAUUAGAUUCGGUCGGAAAUGGUCAGUAUGUAACUACACAUGUAAGGUAAGAUUAAAAUUUCGCUAGAUUAAAUUUGACCAUUAGUAGUGACAAAUUAGUGCUGUAGUAAUCUGUCUCGUUCUGUAAUAAAUCUCGUUUUACUUAUGGGAAACUAAGAUUCGUAAAUUGGACUGCCAGGACAAAACUAAAAGGAUUUUGUGGACGACGGAGACAGUACUAUAUAGUUUAAACUUGUUGUUGGGGAAGGGAGUCGUACUUCAUUUGAUCCGCUAAUGUUCUUUUGUUCUGUUUCACAGGUCAGAAAUGAUAUCAGCAACAAAAAGCGGCACCAUUCCAGCAGCCUCUCAGUCAAUCACACCGAGUCAAAAUACCGAUCCUGUAGUACGGCGUCCCUUACCAGCCCUCAACAUCACCUCAUGUCAAUACUUGCACUACGAGAUCCCCCAGGAUACAUUCUGGGAUAGAGAAGACGGCAAUACCUUAACCUUACGCCUACUUACGGACGGUUUUCAUGAGCUGCCCAGUGAUUCAUGGAUCAAGCUUGAUCCAACCCACGACGUCAUAUACGGGGUACCAGUCUCUUCGCAAAUUUUUGGUAAAAACUUCACAACAGUGAACUUCGAGUAUAUAUUGUCAGCGGUUGACAGCGGCGGCCGUGCUGUGAAUACAAGUCUAACUUUAACUGUAUACGACGAUUUAUCUCAAAUUGGUCAAAUAAUUUCGAUCGAAGUGGAUAGCCAAUCAGUUUCGUUUAAUCUCCUGCAGUUAAUACAAGAUAUCAGCGAAUAUCUGUACAGCGGGGACAAAGCAACAAUGAAAAUUUUAAGCCUGAACGAAACUUCACCAAGGAUUUACUUAACAUGGAGUGAUUGUAAGGCUGUUUCGGACAUAUGUGACGUUAGUCGUAUAGAGAGAACUUCACAGUUGAUCAGGAUUGAUGAAAAUUUCUUAAAUCCGCAUUUUGUCAUUGCGCUCGUUCCUGAUUUUGUUCUGUUGCAUGCGCGAGUAGAGAAGUUGGGCAUGUGUCUGAACGAACCGCCAGUGGCCAGAGAAAAGAGCAUACAUCUUAACAUCACGUGUUGCGGGAAAUUCCGUUACGAAAUCCCACGUGGCUUGUUUUACGAUCAAGAAGACGGUGAUACACGGAACCUCUCGCUUAGCAUUCGUUACUCGAGCACUUCCCGACUGCAUUCCGAUGGGUGGAUCAUGUUGAACAACACGUCAAAAAUCAUAGAAGGUGUUAUCAUAUUAGAGGAAGCUCAAAAGGAUCCUGAUUUUGAUGAGUUUUUCAUCGUCGCUCAGGAUUCUGGGAGACUAGAAGCGAACGUUUCGGUCAUGAUAACAGUCCAGCAUCCUUUACCGGUGUCGAAUUAUUUUGUAUCACUAUUCCUUAUGCGUCUGCACACAUUUUCGACAUCUGUACAAGAAGUGUUUACCAUUAUUGAAAAAUUGACUUCGUACUUUGACGGCGAAUCGUCGGAUGAAAUUCGUGUGCUGUCGUACUCUCGGGAAAAUGCCGUCACAGUCUUCAAAUGGUCGUUGGCAGAUUUACGAUUGAAGCCAUGUGACUCGGCCGCAAUCGCCAACAUAUCGAGGAAACUGAAAGCAGCCGAUGGCCAGGUGAAUGAUGGUUUUAAGUCGAUCAUGAGCCCGGAGUUUGAUGUUCAGUUUAUUUUUGAAGAGCGGGUCGGACAUUGUAAAGAAGGAGCCAAUGAACAACCGACUGUGGUUAUUCCUGUACAUCGUUUACGUUUAAACCCAACCUAUUUUGAAUAUAAAAUUCCCGCCUCCACAUUUAAUGACCUUGAAGAUGGGAAUGCACGGAACUUAAAGUUGUCUUUGUUGUUGCCGUCGUUUGAAUCGCUGCCCGUUGACUCGUGGAUAGCGUUAGACAGUGAAACCCAGGUUAUCUACGGAUUGCCUGAUGACGAUGCAAUUCAGGCACAGCCCGUGGGCGGGUACCGUUACCUGCUUGUAGGUCAGGACAGCGGAGGAAAGGUUGCAAGCGCAAGUGUGCUUGUUCAACUUCCAGAAACAUCCCAACCUUAUAACUAUCAGAUCACUGCCUAUCUGCGCAGCUAUCUCGACGCCUCGUUACCAUGCGUUAAUCAUGUGGUAGAAUUCUUGGAAAAGCUAAGUACAUUUACCGGUGAGGACAAAGAAAGCAUUCGAAUUAUCUCCUACAAUAUUUCCAAAAACUACCCAGCUGACGUUACUAUAUCAUGGACCAAUCGCAGCGCUAGUUUUAACACAUGUGACCAUGAAAUAAUUAACGAAAGAUUCCGGGCGUUUGCCAACGAUGAAAGUGGAGUGACUAGAUCUUUCUCGGAAAUUUUGUUGCCAUAUUUUAUCGUGCAAGAUGUCGAGCUAGAAUUUCUUGAAACAUGUGGUAAUGUGUUCCCAAAUACCCCUCCAGUCCUGCUGGCACCUGUGGAAACCCUAAAUAUCCCUCCGUAUCAAGUGUUGCGAUUUCAGCUGCCGCCGACAAUGUUUUAUGACGCUGAGGACGGUUAUACAAGGAACCUGAGCGUGGUUGCUCUGGAUAACGACAAUAAACCAUUGAACUCUUCGUCGUGGAUUCAAUUUAAUUCAACAACACAAUUGCUAUAUGGACUACCCACGUCAGUCAUUGCCAAGGAACAACCGGUCGGUGGCUACGUCAUACAUAUCGUUGCCAUGGACACCAACUCCAAUACGGUCAAUUCAACAACUCGUAUAGUAGUUGACGACACCCAAACGAAAGUUAGUUAUGUGGUGGAAGUUAGUAUGGCCGUUAACAUUAGCCUUGAACAUUCCGACACUGACAUAGUACUAAACUUCCUGGCUAGUGUAAAGGAUUUCUUAGGAAACUCCGACACGAUUGUCACGGAUUAUUUCAAGAAUAAUACUAGCUUGAAGGUUUGGGUAUCAACGUUAAAUUUUCUUGCAUCUGAAUGUCAUUUCGUGGAACUUCAGGAAAUCAGGCACCAGUUGUUCCAAAAAUUUGAAAACUCCAGCGAAGUUGUCGAGGGAACUAGGAACUCUACAACUUCUUCAUACACUACCCAACCAAGUGAAAAUUUUACAAGAGCAAUGUUUCCAGAUUUUCUGAUAUCAAGUGUAACGGAACAUAAAAGAGGUACUUAUGGCUUUGGUAUUACAAGCAAUAUUUUGAAAUAAGCUGUUCUGGUUUGGAUUUGAACUAACUAAAAGAAAUUAAAAUCUCUUCGACGUUUCGAAUGAAGGUUCUUUAUAAGGAGGGUUGAAUGUCGAAGUAGUUUUAAUAUUUUUUUCAGAGAGUUUAACACCAACCACGCCAGCCCAUUCUAGAAUAGCCCGCGUGCAGGCCCAGGGAAGAAAUUGUAGAAUAGUACUCCGGUUUUCUCCUCACACAGGAUAUGUUGACCUCUGACUGGCCUUUCCAUUGUAGCUAUACUCCGUGAUCAGACAUGAGUCAUAAGGUGGCUGCCAGAGGCGCCCUUAGAAAGCCUCAUAAUUCUGCUUACCUUUCAGCAAACUAAACCACCCUACUACUGUGCAUUAUCUGUUUGAUUUUUUAAAAAACUUUAUGUUAAUCUAUUUUUCUUUCAUUUUCACAGGACCUUGUUCAAAUACAGCGCCGAUUGUCUUACAUCCCAUUCCACAUUUUGUCAUUUCAACUCCUGGCUUAUUUUCCAUCGCUUUACCUUCAAACACAUUCUAUGAUAAAGAAAACGGCUUUACCUCCAACCUUAGUCUCACUUUAUUAAGCUCAUCUGGCCAAGUUCUACCACCAGACACCUGGCUGCAGUUUAAUGAUACCACGGAUCAGAUAUAUGGAGUUGUCACAGACGAAAUACGUCCGAAUGAAAACUACACCUUUGUUCUAAAAGCUGAGGACAGUUAUGGUUUAAAAGUAAACACAAGUUUUACUAUAGAAGUGACUUCGAGAAUUGAAAACGUUGGUUUUAAACUGAACAUGAUUUUCAAGAGUAAUUUCUCAUCUAUUGUUCCCCAUAUUGACAUAAUUAAACUUUUACUUGCCAAAAUAGCUAGCUACUACCAUGCCAACCUUACCUUAAAUGUUCUAUCGUUCGAAAGAGGAUCUGGCAUUCCGUCUACAGAUAUUCUCUCCUGGAGUGUCAAAGAGCUCGAUUCCGAGAACUGUGAUCUCCAACAACUGCACGAAAUUUCCAAGAAAGCUCGAUUCAGCAACAAUCAACCAAAUGAAGAAUUCCAACAUGCAUUGCUACCAGAAUUUGAACUACUUGUUGUUUUCGAGCAAAGGCUUGGCUCCUGUGCAGAUAGUCUGAACACUCUACCAACAGUGGUCGUUCCAAUUUUGAAUUUAAAUGUCACCAGAAUUCCAACUGUUUUUCAUUAUAUAGUUCCGAGAACUGUGUUCGAUGACACAGAAGACGGAGAUACGAGAAAUUUGACCCUGACGUUGCUGGAUGAAGAUAAUAGGGACAUUCCCAGAAAUUCGUCUGUUCAAUUCAACCCAGCAUUACAAAUGUUGUAUGGGAUUUUCACGGAAAGUGAUUUAGACACCAAUUCUCGUAUCGUCAAAAGAAAUAUAGACUCCAGUUCCAGGAUCAUGAAGUUCGUCCUGCUUGCCAUGGAUAGCGGUGGAAAAACAGCCAGUAGUCUUCUUGAAAUAAUUCUUAGAAAUAAUAUUAUAUCACAAAACUAUGAACUACAUCUGACUUUCAUCAGUUAUCUCAGUUCAACUUCUCCUGACGUCAUACAUCUUAUAAAUUUCCAAGAAAAAUUGAGAGGAUUCGAAGCGUUACGUGACAUGCAAGUGGCAAAUUAUGUCCGCUUCCAGGGUUAUCCUGCAAAAUUUGAUGUCAGUUUUAUUAACUCUUCAUCAACUUUUAACCAAAGUAUUUGUGACUUCGCCGAAAUUUCGAGAACCUCUGAAAGUUUCCAAGAUUCUUCAAGCAACCUGAAAAGCGAAUUUACUAUACGUUUUCUGCCAGAAUUCGUUGUUCAGGAAUCUUAUAUUCGAAGAGUUGGGCCUUGCGAGAAUCUGCCGAAUAAUCCACCAAGAGUUAACAGAGUAAUUCCUGUUCUUAACCUAACUGUUUGUGAAAUAUUGAAAUACCAAAUCCCUGAGGAUGUAUUUCUUGACGAAGACGGGAACACAAGAAAUUUGAGUUUAAAUUUGCAAGGUGUUUUGCCACAGGGACAUAAUCUAGAUUGGAUAUUCUUCGAGGAACAUUCACAAAUAAUUUACGCAGUACCCUCUUUGGAAGUUGUUGAUAAUCAGCAGAAGGAUGGAUUCGUUUUCAGAUUAACCGCUACGGAUUCGCAAGGAAAGAGAGCUGAAUUGGAUUUCAAUGUUUUAGUAAGGGACACGGUUGUUAGAGACAGUUACAGAUUAUCUGUUGUUGUUAGAGUGCCAUCCCUGAUUAAAACUAAAGAGGAUUUGGUGCUUAAAACAAUUGAAUUCGUUGAGGCGACCAAACGUUAUCUGAGCAGUUCGUCGACAGAUGAUAUUCGUGUUAUAAACUUCACUAAGAUGUCGCAAUUGCUACUCAAAGUCGCCUGGUCCAACUGCUCACUUCGUUACACGCCGUGUGAUUAUCGAAACAUCGAGGAAAUCCGACAGGCGACGAUUCAUACCGGAACCUUACCCCAGCCAAGAUUCAUUCAAUCUCUUGCGCCUGCGUUUAUUGUGGAUAGCGUCGAAGAUGAAAUGCGUGGACCGUGUUUAAACCGGCGUCCUAUUGUGAGCCAUGAGUUACAAACACUUAAUGUAACAGUCUGUGACGGACUCUUUCAAUACACAAUUCCUUAUAACACGUUCUUCGACGCGGAAGAUGGGUAUACCCUAAACUUAACCUUGUCUAUAUUGACUUCAAAUUCUAUUCCCAUUGGUGAAAACUAUUGGCUUACGAUAGACCAAUCACAAACUAUCAUUGCCUAUCCGAAUGUAGAUGCACUCAAAAUCCAACCCGAAUCUGGCUACGAAUUUCUCAUAAACGCCAAAGACAGUUAUGGUUUGAGCACGAAUUUAGCCAUAAAGAUCUCAUACGAAGGAGAGCGCUCACCGCAAAGCAGUUACGAGGUUACCUUUGUUUUACAGACCCAGUUUGCGAAUAUGACCCGCUCCGUGGACCAAAUGCGGGUUGUAUUACAAACUCUGGCAGGUUAUAUGGGCGGGAGUGCAAAAUCCAUCCGUGUGCAUUCGUUUGUGCGUGCUGGUGCAAAUUCGACGACAUCGUUUUUCACUUGGAGUAACUGUAGUUUCCUUUCUAACGACUGUGACCUGUUAGGAAUUAUGGAGAUUUCAAAACGGUUAAAGAACGCUGAUGGUCAGAUAUCCGAGCAGCUCAGGGAAGCUUUUCGACCUCAUUUUGAGCUGGAAUUUGUGUUUGAGCAACGGUUAGGAGCAUGCGUCGGUGAUACCAAUGUUAGACCUAAAGUUAAGCAAGCUCUCUACCAAUUAACACUUGAAAAUUUUUGUGGAUUUUGGCAGUUUCAAAUCCCGCCAGAUUUCUUUUCUGACGCAGAAGACGGGGGCACUAGAAAUCUUACAUUAUCGUUAAAAAUGAUCGAUUCAUUGGCAGUCACAGCCGACUCAUGGAUCCAGCUUGACCAGGAAUCCCAGACAUUGUUCGGUUUCCCAAUUCUCAGUAAUUCAAGUAAUUCGAGCACUCCAACCACGGAGUUGUUCAUUUUAAUAGCCGCCGAUUCACAGGGUAAACUUGCAACGAUGAAGUUGGAAAUACUUUUUAAUAAAAAAAUACCAGACGUCCAUUAUGGAGUUUUCGUUAAAAUGUCGAGCUAUGUUGGAGAGAGUUUAUCUGAUGUUUAUCAUUUAAAACGUUUCGUCGAGAGGCUCGCGUUGUUUUUGAAAGCCGAAACUGGAUCUAUAAUGGUAACAAAAUACGAGAGAAGCACCACUGGAACCGGUUCGAGGUUAUAUGUAACGUGGACAAAUUGUUCUGUAUCUGUAAACACGUGCGAUUCGAAUCAAAUUAACAUACUUCGCGAGAAGCUACAUUUGAACAAAGGCGUGGUGGAUACGGCGUUUUCACAGUCCAUGCUACCAUACUUUGUCCCUAGCUUCAUGUCACUCGAGAAGUUUGGGCUGUGUAGAAUCGAAGCAAUGAAAUCACCACCGCAACUUGUCCGGCCUAUUGGGAAAAUUGUCGCAUAUUCAGGUAGCUUUCUGAGGUACUCGAUUCCAGAGGAUAUAUUUAUCGAUGACGAAGAUGGUAAUGCCUUGAACCUUUCCUUAGUGUUACAGUUUAGUAACAAAGCCCCAGUCCCGUCUUCCUAUUGGCUGAAAUUUGAUAAAACCAGUCUCCUAAUAUCGGGCGUCUUAUUGGUGGAAAAUUCUUGGCAACGUUCAUUUCGACUUGUCACACGUGAUCAACAUGGGAACGAGGCGGUUGAUACGUUUGAAGUUUUUCUGGAACGAAGAUGUCCCGAAAAUCUUCUCAGCUAUCAAGUUUUCACCGAAUUUGUUUAUACUGGAAACGAAGAGAGUUUAAACACAGAAUUUCUAAGAAAAUUGGAAGUGUAUUUUCAACCUUGGUUUAGUGAUACGAACUUCACUCUUCUGUCAACAACCGCAGAAGCUAACAAUACGUUUCAAAUAGUUUGGAGUCAUGCAAAAACUUGUGGUGCAUGUUUGAAAAUAAACGCUACGCUCCACGCCCUCUCUGAUAAUAUCACAGACAGCAAUGGUACUGCAUUACCAGAAUUCAAGACCGCGCUUUUACCCGAGUUUACAUUGGUGAAUAUAUCAGAGCAGAAAUGCAGCCCAGCACUCGGAGUUCCUAGAACUAUUAUAAAAGGCGGAGAAGACCACAGAUGGAAGCUUUAUGUUGUUCCUAUAGUUGUUCUUUUAAUAUUCUUGUUGUUUUCGUUCAUGUUUUUCAUUUGUCGUGGUUUUGUGUUCCCUUAUGAAAGCAAGAAAGAAGAAGUGAUUUUGGACGAAUCUCCAGUCUCAUCACGUGAACUUCACGUGACUGAAAGGAUACGUCCCAACGAGGCUUCUAUGUACAACAGCAUGUCGACAACCAUCAUAAACGAAGGUUUCGUAGCCAACAAUGAUGCUAUCGCCCUACCAGAAAUCUUUCUCGAUAAGAGAGUCUCGCCAUCAAAGUCGUCCCUACAGCAAGACUUGUCACCAGUCUCUGCGCAGGAUGUUGAGCCCACUGUUGUUCCAACACCACCGCUGUACACAGACGCCGUGUUACUCCUGGGCGCGGAGUCUGGUCGUAAGCCUGGGGAGAGUGGGUCACCUGGCCCUACCAGGGGAGAAAAGCCUAUUGAGAUGCGUGAAAUUCCUGUAAUCAAAAGCGAAGUUGAGCUGUCCAGUGAAUCCAUUCCAGUCAGUGAGAAAUCGGACGUAGACGCAAGACGCACACCGCGUAGAAGCGAGGAGAGAAUUCAAGCAGCCCGUAGCCCGUCGCUUCACUCGAAACCCGACGACCCAUGGGGUACGUUUGUUUAUGAAGAAGACCCGAUUCCAGUCCGAAACAGAUUACGGCUUCCGACUCCUCCCGAAGUUGGCACGCUUCGGUUACCGCCGAUUCCAAAACCUUUGAACAACACUCCACCUUCAUCACUGGAAAACUCUCCAGCUUCUCCAUUUGGCGGCAAUACACCAAACAGCCCGCCAUCGAGUGCAUACUCCACUCCAUUGCUCACACCAAGCUAUUCAAAAACAACAGUGAACAAUACAUACAAUGUAGGUCGUAUUCGUUCACCACCUGAAAUACCCCCAAAUAACUACCCUAAUCCACCAGCGUACUCUCAAUAUCCCUAUGGAACCCCAAUGCGCGAACGAACAGAGCUUGGGAUACAAAGUCCCAUGUCCUAUGCAACUCCUAUACGGGAAAGAACACAACUUGGGAUUCAAAGCCCCCUCGGGUUUCCGUUCCCCCAGGGCCGGGUACCCUAUGUUGACCACAGACGGCAAGGCCCGCCUCCUGAGUCUAGGCCAAGCGACUUACAUGAAGUUUUAGGGCAGUUACGAGAAACAGUAAAUAGAGAGCUGGACAGAAGGAACGAAGUAGAUAAAUACUUGGAUUUGUACCUUAACAAAAAGUAG